AUGAAUCGGCGAAGGAAACAUGGAGACGGCCUUGGCCCGAAGGACUCGCCGCGCAAAACGGCGGCGGCUGAGGACUCCAGUUUGGUGGUCGAGCCUGGGAGGAGGCGGCUGAGGUCGACCCGCGGCUCUGGGCUACACGGAGCUGGAGAAGGACCUCUCCUGCCAGUGCGGCAGCGAGAGCAGCCUCCAGUAGCUGCUUCCUGCAGUAAAAGUAACCCUGAGGAAAAGUAUGGAACACCAAAGAGAGUGCUGAAAAUGGAUUCAUUAUCAUCUACCUUCAGUUCUCCUAAUGAUCCAGAUGGAUUGAAUGAUAUCUUUUGGGACCAAAAUUCUCCAAUGACAAAGCAGUUAGGUAAAGGAAGAAAAAAACAGAUUUAUACCACAGAUAGUGAUGAGAUUUCACAUAUUGUGAGUCGAAUUGCUCCUCAGGAUGAAAAACCAACAACAAACUCCAUGCUGGGCAUGUGGAUUGGUGAAACUGCUAUUCCUUGUACUCCCUGUGUAGCCAAAGGGAAAUUAAGAGCAAAAAUCAGCUGCACUAAGUUAAAAACACAAAAUCAAGAAGAAGAACUUAUGAAGUUGGCAAAGCAAUUUGAUAAAAAUAUGGAAGAACUGGAUGUGAUUCAAGAGCAAAAUGAUAGGAAUCAUGAUAUUACCCAGAUGAUUUCAGAAACAGACCCUUUAAAUGAUUAUGAAGAUAAUGUACAGAUACAGUCACUAUGUCAUACAAUCAAAAUGGAGUCAGCUAUGAUAAAGAAGCCAAUGACUGAAAACACCAAGAUAGCUAUGGCAAAUGAUCACAAUAGCAGUCACAAAUCAUUUGACCAAAAUGUUGAAGCAGCGUAUAAUGCCAUUUUUGAUGGCUCCACUCAGAAAUGUAGUGGACAGAUAAGUCAAGAUCUGUCAGAUGCUUAUUUGAACACCAGUAACACUACCUUUGGAAAAAAAAUUACUUCGAAAGAGGAGAAAAUCAUUACUAAUGAAACUCCGGUCACUGUAAAACUGCAAAAUAAAACCCCAGAGUCACUUUUUUCUCAAGUAGAUGUUCCCAUAAUGUCAAAAUCAUAUGUCACUUCCUGUACUAAGGAGCCAGAAAUUUUUAACAAGCAUAUUGAUCCAUUUGUUACCAGUGAUUUUGAGGAGGAUUGGGAAAAACUACUCAGAAAUGAGCCUUUUAUGAUGCAAAGUGUGGAAAUGCCUGAACUGCUCCCUGUGCCUAAAAUAACUCAUGGUGGUGCUCACAAGGGUGUUUAUACUUUUAGCAGUAAAAAUGGUAAAAGUAAGCCAAGAACAAAUACAAGUCUAGAUGCCAGGCCAAGUGAUUCAAAAAUUGUACAAGAUCUUUCUUCAAAGACAUAUUACAGUGAACUAAUGGAUGUGGAAAAACAUAAAUUUUUGCCAGCUCCAAAUGACAAACCAAACCAGUUACUCACUGGAAAUAAAAUGAAAUGUGAGAAACCUUUAAAUAGAAGAAGUAUUCAAGAUAAAAUUCAAGAUUGUGCACUUACAUCUAAUGUAACAAAAAUGAAGGAAGAUAUUCAUACUAAAUUUAUUCCUACUGUAAGUGCUUCUGAAACAAAAUUUGCUUUGACCACAGGAUAUUUUAGUGAACAAAAAUACAAGCCUGUUAGGACACCUGCUAAUAAAAAAGAUCUUUUUGGCUCUACAACUCCAGCCAAUGAAAGCAAAUCUAGUAAGCCAAAUCAGACUCAUGCACCAAAUAUAGGUCCAUUCCUGGAUGACUGGAAUGAUCCAUCAUUUGCCAAUGAAAUUAUUCAAGCAUGUCAUCAAUUAGAGAAUACCUGGGAAACAGAUGAUGUAGAUGAUGAUUUGUUAUACCAAGCAUGUGAUGAUAUUGAAAGACUAACUCAGCAACAAGACAUUAGAAAUGAAAGUGUGACAUCAGAAAAUACAGUUGAGAUUAAUAAUAGUUCCAAAUAUGGAGGUAAAAACAUGUUUACUACAUCUAAGCAAGGACAUCAAUUGGUGCAAUCAAAGCAUUUGAAUCUGGGUAGCAUUACAGUGCAAACAUCUUCAUUGACAAAUAGCUUACCAAUAGAUAAAUCAAUGAAGAGGGAGAAAGGAGAAUCGUGUAGAAAUUCUCCAGGUAUUUUAGUUGCCACGACAAAUUUGACUAUGUAUUCUAAGAACUCAAAUGAUAAAGUCAAUAAUCUACACGUCUCUUGGAAUAACACUAAUGUUCCAAUACAAGUGAAUAGUUCCAACUUGACUCUUGCAGGAGGUUCAGGUGUGAAUGUGAGUUCACGUCAUAUGAGUACAGAAACUCCUGCUACUAACAAGAGCUUGAGCACUCAGCAUCUAUCUCAUAGGACAAUAACAGAUGGAACUAAGACUGAUCAUAAGAAAACAAUUACAUUUCCAAAGUAUAAAUUCACCAAGAUGAAGAAUUCACAGACUCGUUCUCAGUUUCAAAAUUGUACAACAGUAAGUAUAUCUGAUACUGAAAUUACACAGAGUUUAGAGGAAAAUAAAACUACAUCUGUCAACCCAUUACAUGAGGAGGUUGUACAACAGCAGUCAUGGACUAAACUUUGUGAAUCUCUGAAACAACCUUCAAAAGAAGAAGAAGAGAAAAAUAGAAAAUAUUCUCCUGAAGAAAUUCAGAGAAAGAGACAAGAUGCGUUGGUUCGAAGAAUGGCCAAAGCACGAGCAUCCUCCUUAAAUACAGCUCCCACUUAA